AUGUGGCAGGAGGUGGGGGGCCUACUGCGUGCGACCUGUGGACAGCUGGGCCGGACUAUUGGUCUGCCUUAUGGGGCCCUGGGGCCAGGGCCCCGCUGCUGGGGGCCAUGUAGGGGUUCUUGGGCCCAAAAACUUCAUCAAGAUGGGCCUGGCAGGGGCCUGGGUGAGGAGGACAUUCGCAAGGCCCGGGAGGCCCGGAUCAGAAAGACGCCCCGGCCCCAGCUGAGUGACCGUUCUCAAGAACGCAAGGUGCCUGCCUCCCGCAUCAGCCGCUUGGCCAACUUUGGGGGACUGGCUGUGAGCUUGGGGCUGGGAGCACUGGCUGAGGUGGCCAAGAAGUCCCUGCCUGGAGGAGGUGUACAAUCAGAGGGAGGCUCCCAGCCAGGCUCCAGCCUUUUCCUGUCGGAGGCCAACGCCGAGAGGAUUGUGCAGACCUUGUGUACAGUUCGGGGGGCCGCCCUCAAGGUUGGCCAAAUGCUCAGCAUCCAGGACAACAGCUUCAUCAGCCCCCAGCUGCAGCGCAUCUUCGAACGGGUCCGUCAGAGCGCCGACUUCAUGCCACGCUGGCAGAUGCUGAGAGUUCUCGAAGAGGAGCUCGGCGGGGACUGGCAGGCCAAGGUGGCCUCUCUGGAGGAGGUGCCCUUUGCAGCUGCCUCCAUUGGACAGGUGCACCAGGGCAUGCUGAGGGACGGCACAGAGGUGGCCGUGAAGAUCCAGUACCCAGGUGUUGCCCAGAGCAUCCAGAGCGACGUCCAGAACCUGCUGGCGGUGCUCAAGAUGAGCGUGGCCCUGCCAGAGGGCCUGUUUGCUGAGCAGAGCCUGCAGGCCUUGCAGCGGGAGUUGGCAUGGGAGUGUGACUAUCGUCGUGAGGCGGCCUGUGCCCAGAACUUCAGGCAGCUAUUGGCGGAUGACCCCUUCUUUCGGGUGCCAGCGGUGAUUCAGGAGCUGUGCACGACGCGGGUGCUGGGCAUGGAGCUGGCUGGAGGGGUCCCCCUGGACCAGUGCCAGGGCUUGAGCCAGGACAUCCGGAACCAGAUCUGCUUCCAGCUCCUGAGGCUUUGUCUUCGGGAGCUGUUUGAGUUCCGAUUCAUGCAGACGGACCCCAACUGGGCCAACUUCCUGUAUGAUGCCUCCAGUCACCAGGUGACCUUGCUGGACUUCGGGGCAAGCCGGGAAUUUGGGACCGAAUUCACAGACCAUUACAUUGAGGUGGUGAUGGCUGCAGCCAAUGGAGAUAAAGACCAGGUCCUGCAGAAGUCGAGAGACCUCAAAUUUCUCACAGGCUUUGAGACCAAGGCAUUCUCAGACGCCCACGUGGAGGCUGUGAUGAUCCUGGGGGAGCCCUUCGCCACCCAGGGCCCCUAUGACUUUGGGGCGGGUGACACUGCCCGCCGCGUGCAGGGCCUCAUCCCUGUGCUACUGCGGCACCGGCUUCGCCCACCACCCGAGGAAACCUAUGCCCUGCACCGAAAGCUGGCCGGGGCUUUCCUGGCCUGUGCCCACCUUCGUGCCCACAUCGCCUGCCGGGACCUCUUCCAGGACACCUACCACCGUUACUGGGCCAGUCGCCAGGCAUAG